AUGGCCAUGCGUCUCCGCUGGGCCUCCCUUCGCGGCUCCCGCUACCCCCUCCUUCCGGCCACUGCCUCUUCUGGCCCUCAGGUCUCUGCUGGACCUCCCUUCCCACCUCCCGCUGCCCCCUCAUUUCGGCCGCUGCCUCCUCAGGCACUGUACUUCUCCCUGCUGCCAAAUCCAUCCAGAGGCACUACUCCGCCGAGCCUUGCCUACCAUAAUCCAUCGAUUCCACCUCCUGGUGUUAGCUCUACGACUGCACUGGCUCCCGGCGUCGCCUCUGCUACCGGUGGCAUUGCGGUUCUAGAGUUUGUACUGCACAUGCAGCCAAUGAUGUCGUAUCAGGUUCCUCUCAGCCAUCCCGCCAUCCCAACCCAGGGACCACCCUACGCGAUGCCAAACUGUUACGUCGCCAUCCUAGGUACUCCUCAAACGGCUGUACCUCCUGCUGGUGGGUUUUGUUGCUUCCAUAGUUCAACCAUUUAUUAUUGUUAA